AUGACUCGGCGGGUUCCCAGCUACUCUCAGUUCCAAUUAAAGUUGACUGGCGGUAACUGGAUAAAUAGUAAGAAUGGCAUCUCGAGUUGGAAAGCUGUGACUGGAGUGGAGCUGAGGAACAGGUCGGACAUCGGACAAGCCAACACAUCGCCCCAGACCACAAUCCUGCCAGCCUUGAGAGUUCCUUCAAACUGUCGGAGAGAUUUCCACCUGCUGGACUUUGAUCCUGAUGGAGAUGAGGUCAGAUGCAGAUACGCAAGCUCCUCCCUGUCAGAGUGUUCCCAGUGCACUACGCCGUCUGUUCUCAGCCUCUCAGAAUCCUGUAUUCUGUCCUUCAGCCCCACCAGCAGCGUAAACGAAGGUUCGUACAUUGUCCAGAUGGUGAUGGAGGACUUUCCCAGGCAGAACAUCUCUCUGACUCAAAACGGAGGGCUGACAGUCAACAGUGCUAUCAGCAAAAUACCUGUCCAGUUUGUUGUAAGGGUGGACCCCGCAGUGCCCUCCUGCACAGAAGGACUCUAUCUGCCCAGGUUCCUGACACCAACUCCAGCCAACAAAGCUCAACUGUACGCCCCUGUCAAUCAGACCCUUUCUAUCAGCGUCAAUGCAGAGGCAAAUGUCUCCACGACGUUUGAGCUGCUGUUCAGCGGGCCGCACAACAUAAUCAAGAGUUCAUUAGGAGCAGGACGGUUCCUCCUGAGAUGGACGCCGUCUCAAGAAGAAGACGGAGAAAGCCAUCCCAUCUGUUUUGUCAUACAAUCAAUCACGAGUUCAACCACCAAAUAUCAGUCUGAGCUCCGAUGUGUCAUUGUGAGUGUUGGAAAUGAGCCAACAAUAACCACAGCCGUUCCAUCAACAACAACACCAGUAGCUACAAGCACUAUCACUUCACCAACAACAACACAACAUACAACCACAAUUCCCUCAACGGCUGCACCGCUAACCACAACAACCACCCUUACACCAAAUACAACAACCACACAAACUACAACCGCAGUUCCCUCAACAACUACUCAUAAUAACAACAACGACUAUCCCUACACCAACUACAAAAACAACACCAGAUACAACCACUGCACAAUCCACAACUAUCAAACUAACCACAGCAACCACCCCAACAUCAACAACUACCGCAUUCAUCACAACAACCACCCCUACACCAAAUACAACAACCACACAAACUACAACCACAAUUCCAUCAACAACUAA